AUGCUGUCGCAAACGCUAAUUGCCUCCUUGAUAGGCUCAACAAAAGUACAAACAUCGUCUACCCUCAAAGACGCCGGAAUAUGUGUGCAGGAUUUGCAGCCUACUUCCGCUCUCCGCGCGACCUUCAAAAAGAGCUCCACACCACCUAACGGACUCGCUGUCACUCCGACUCAUAUAUUCGCUGCGCAAGUCGAUAAAUCCGUUGUCCAUGUAUAUAGCCGAUUGAAGGGGAACCAAGAAGCGACGGUCCCAUUCCCCGAACGAAUUCGAAGUCUGGCCGUGACAGGUGGACAGAAUGGCGAGGUCUUGGUUCUGGGCACAGAGGGCGGACGAUUGAUUCUCUGGGAGACGUGCACCGGACGCCAAGUUUCUACCACACCUUCACACCUUCAACCCGUGACCUCACUCGUCGUUGAUCCCACGUCUAAUUUCAUUCUUUCUGGUUCUGCCGACGCCAACGUCCACGUAUGGUCCAUUCCACAAUUGUUAUCCUUCUCGCAACCAGCAUCGACGGGCCAGGAUCAGAAAGCUCCCAACUCGCCUAUACGAACAUUUGGCAAUCACCGAACGGCAAUUACAGCGCUUGCUGUUGGACAUGGCACAGGUCGCAGUAAUAUCGCCAUAUCCACAGCUCAAGAUAGUACAGCAGUCGCGUGGGAGUAUACAACAGGAAGGAUAUUACGGACAUUCUUGUUGCCAUCCGUAGCAAUAUCAAUUACUGUUGAUGCGGUAGAUCGGGCUUGCUAUGUUGGCUACGAGUCGGGCAAUGUUCAACGAAUCGAGUUUUAUGAAACAAUAUCAGCUCAGCACCCUCUAUAUGACGAACGGCUUCAGAAUACGCCAUCUCAGUUGAAUGCUGAUCAACAAUGGGCCGUUCCGUCGGCAGACAAGGGAGCCGCAACGUCGUUGGCCUUGUCUUAUGAUGGCAUGACUUUGUAUUCUGGACAUCCGAAUGGCUCGGUUUUGGCAUGGGACGUGGCGCGUACGAAGUUCUCAACAACUAUAGCCGAUUAUAUGAGUCCGGUAACCAAUAUACAUAUGCUUCCACCCACAGGAUUCCCUGCGCAGGCAUCUAAUGAUUCCUCUCGAUUUACAAUUCCAACCAUCAUCAAACCUCGAUAUGAACAGAAUAUAUCAGACAAGUCUCUUGGGGAUGGCUCUAUCCCAUACAACUACUCCAUGAACGUCCAACUUGUGUCACCAACCUCUAAAACAGAUAUCUUCUCCGAAGCUCUAACACAUCGUGUCUUUCCAACAUCUCUCUUAGAGGAAGGUCUCGCAGAACUAGCAGCACUCAGAGAUGGCCAAGGUAUGCGAGAAGUCACCACAUCAAACGGCCACUCAACUACAGCAACAACAGCCGUUGAAUCCUCACAGAUAAUCGCCAUGCAAGAAGAAAUCACAAACCUCAAAAAACAACUCUCAAUCAACGAAGCGGCACGACGCGCAGACGCUGAUGAAAAUAUGAAACUCAAAACAAAUAUACGUGAUUUGCAAGAAUCAAAUAAUCGUUUUCAAAGUUUACAAGCAAAAUACGACAAGCUCAAAGUUGUUGCGCGCGCGGAAAAGGAAGACCGGGACCUCGAACGGCGCAAAGCUUGGUUUGAGAACGAAAAGGCUGGGACGAAUGGUGAUGUGGCUUUGCGUCAAGCUCGAGCAACUGAUGAGGAUUUGGACGAGAUGAGUGAAUAG